AUGGUUAGCCUUCCCAACAAUCGAUCCAUAGUUGGUCCGACUCCAGGCUCGCCGUCGUUGCUUGGUGCUGCCCUCAGUCCGUCAGUUGCCGUUCCCUCAGUCGUCGUCGCCAUCGCUGCUUGCUGCUGCCAUCGUUCUGCCCUCAAUCUUCAACAAACUCCGCCUUCUGCUGAUUUACCUUAUGUUGCUUCACCUUCUGGUAACCUCAACAAAAGGGCUAAACCCUCAACUCCUAGACCUCGAGCUCCUAGUGCCUCACCUGAUCCACCUUUUUGUGCCUCGCCUAAAGCUUCUAUUACUGCUGGUGAUUUAGCACUGGAGAUGCAAAAAGCUCUACGCCAUUUGACUCAAGGGCCAACAAUUCCCCAAUGUUUAGAAAAGCUUGAGUUGCUCGAGUUAGACUCAGUAGACCCUAUACGAUUUGCUCCAUAUCACAUUUUUGGAGGGACCAUGAAUAUUAGAGAGAUGUGGGUAAAUUUGCCUAAUGAUCCACAAAUAUUAAGAGGAUGGAUCGAGAUGACAACUACAAGUUUAGGAGUUUUAAAGGAUGGAAAUAUUGUUCGUUAA